GAACUCGCGACGCUCUCCUUCGCGGACGACGCCGCUACAACGGCAAAAUCACGUCCUACAACUUAAAGCCGAAGCUCCCGCUGCCCGGCGCAGCUGCCACGGGAUUCGCUUUGAGCGACAUGUGGGGCACGCUGAAGGCGAGAGAGUGCCACGUGAUUGUCGAUGGAGAAGUUUGGACCGGCCGAUUUGCAGUGUGGCGCUAUCCAGCAAUGUUGGCCUCUGACAUAGAGGUCUGGACAGCGAAACCGCUUCCGAGUUGCGCGAAGUACAUCCCCAACAACUGCAUCAUAUGCAGCCGUGAAGGCGGAGGCGCAGUAAACCUGGGUGAUGGAGACUACGAUGGGGACGAGCUCAUGAUUUGUGGUUGGGACAAGCUGCUCGAUUUCCUUGACAACACCCCAUCCGAGCUUAGCGUCCCAGAGCUUCGGCGAGCGCGCCAAGAAAUCCUGGAGUCGCUGCCUGACAAGCCUCCAGCUGCGCUUACUUCCGUAGGCCAGUACAGGGAUUUCUGUUCUAGGGCGGACACUGCUCCUGUCCGGGGUAGGGCAUGUGCAAUGGCUGAAAGGGCCCAGCACGUUGCUUUUAAAUCUCUUAUUCCGGCCGGCGAUGGCUCCUUGCUGCUGGCUGUUAGUCUGGCGCAAGUGGCUCACAUGGCCUACGAUGUCCCCAAGAAGUACAAUGCCGAGGCUGUAUUGGGACUUGGCGCCGCAUUGCUAUCAGAUGCCGGCAUUUCUCCGCGGGCCGAGCGGGCUUCCACAGAAAUUGUGGAGUCGCUCCAGAUGGGGUACGAAGACCCGGUCUCGCAGUUACCAGCGCCGGGCAAUUUUCCUGGCAGACCGGUUACGGCUGGCAUGGUCUGGAUGCCCCGGAGAGAAGUCAAGCUCUCUGCCGAAGCAGGAGCUGCCUUGCGGGGAAUUUUGCUCCGGCCACGCGGCCCAUUUGAUGGCCUCGAGGACGACGCAACGCGCGUUCCUCUGGAGGCGGUAGGGGGGCUUGUCGCCCACCGCUUGGUCAACUCCGUCGGCAACUUGAGAGAUCAUGCCGAGUCGGAGGACCCUGCUUUUCUUUUGUCCACUGUUCCCGAGGCCACUUUGCGCUGCAAGGAGAUGGGAACGUGGAAUCAUCUUUUGAAUUGUCAGCUGAGGUUUUAA